AUGUCAAAAUCAUUACGAUUUUUCUUGCGCUUUGUCUACGACUCUCAAGCUAACAAGAGCUGUGUCGUCACAUCUCCCCUCACUCAGUCGCAAGCCAGUCAGGUAGACCAGUCAGCUGAAGGGAAACCUAUCAUCACUCAAGGAACAUCUACCACACCACCUGCCAGGAUUGUGAAAAAGGAUGGGUUAUGUGAGCUCAAGCUCCAUAUAAAAAAAUCUGACAUCAUAACUCACAAACCCAAGAAACACCACAAGCAUCACCGCCAUCACAGAGGGCACCAUCACCAUCGUCACCACCAUCAUCAAGCUCAUGAACAUCAGAAAGGUGAUGCUGACAAGGAGCAUUCCGGAGUAUCAAAUAUCCCUGUCUCACCCCAAGUUUCAUCAUCUCCUUCGCCCUCACCCAUGAAGCAGACUCCUCAUUCAGAGCCAGAGUCUCCUUUAUUCUUCAAUAAGGACAGAAGCCCUGAAUACAAGCUCUUAAAUCAGUUCUUCAUAGACAAAGAGUACAGUGUGGAUGUCUCUAAUAAAGACUCUGGUCAGGAAAAGAAGUCAAAACUUUCAAAGUACAUUCACAUUGAGCACCAACCAAAUGGUGAUGCUUCUGUUGUUCAUGUUUAUGCUCAGGAAAUUGCACACUUGAAAGAUGAUGAUAUGAAGCAGUUGGUUGAGGAAUAUUUUGAGCUUGUCUUUGGGGAAAAAACAGAAGGUGUUACUGAACAUGUGAUGGGGAUAGUGCAUGAUGCUGCCACAUAUAUGCCAGAUUUCAUUGGUUAUUUUGCUGCCAAGCAUCCACAGACAAUUGUCAAACGUGAGCUUAUGGGAAAGUCUGAUAUUGUAUCCACCACAAUGCCUGAGUACUAUGCUGAGGUACAGAAGACAUACUGUAAUGGCACCUGCAGGUCAGGGCCACUCUUGCAAAUGAGUCUAGUGGGUACAGUCAAUGAGGAGGUCGGAGAUUACUUUGAACACUUUCUGUGUAUGCUGGAGGAGAAUCCAUUCUUAAAGCAUUCCAUGCCUUGGGGUCCCAUGUCUGCAGUUAAGAUGGAGUCCAGGAUAGAGAGUAAUGAUGGACCAAUCUUAUGGGUUCGUCCUGGUGAGCAACUUGUACCUCCAGCUGAUUUACCAAGAUCACCAAUGAAGAAAAGAAGAACUGGCCUGAAUGAGCUGAAGAAUCUUCAAUACCUACCUCGUGUAUCCGAACCUCGGGAAGUACUGGUAGAGGAUAGAACCCGAUGUCAUGCUGACCAUGUUGGCCAAGGAUUUGAUAGGGUCACUACAGCUGCUGUAGGAGUCCUCAAAGCAGUACAUGUCAAUGAUUAUGGGGGACCUAACAGAGAAGUGAAAGAUGUGAUUGCAUUCCAUUCAGCUAGUUUUAUUGAUGUCACAGAAGCUAUGCAGCUAGAUUUACACGAACCUCCAGUUUCACAGUGUGUUCAAUGGGUGGAGGAUGCGAAGUUGAACCAGUUGAGAAGACAAGGAAUACGCUAUGCUAGAAUCAGACUGCGGGAUAAUGAUAUCUAUUUCAUCCCAAGGAACGUUGUCCAUCAAUUCAAGACCAUCUCCGCCUGUACCAGUAUUGCUUGGCAUGUCAGACUCAAGAUCUACCAUCCAGAAGAAGAAGAUGAAAGCAGUGACCAAGAGGCUCUCAAACAGGGAGAGAGUCAAGCUGAGAGUACCGAGAUAUCAGAAGGAAAGACCAAGGACAUGACAGUAAAUUCAGAAGCUGUGGAGAAGAGAGAAGCAAUGGUAAAAAUGGAAGCAGUAGCCAAGACAGAAGAAAUGAAGAAGAUAGGAGUGAAAAUGGAAGCACCAAUAAAGCCUGAAGCAGUGGCAGAGUCCAUAGAUGUAUUCAUGAAUAAUGUUGAAGAUAUGGAUACAAGUGAAGCUAUUUUGAAGAAGGUUGAUGUAAGAAAGGAAGGAAUAUCUAAGGAGCUUGAGAUUGACCAAAAGGAUGCUCAGAUAGUGAUGGAUUCUAACACUGUAUAUCCAGUUUCAAACGAAGUGGAGGCUCCUAUGGAAGCAAUAAAUGAGCAAACAGCUCCUGAACCAGAGCUUUCCAAGAUCGAAUUUGAAAGCGAGCCAGUGCAAGACAAUACCACGCCUACGUUUUAAACCUGAGAUUAAGUGAUUUGUAGUUUCGAGGAGCACAGUGCAUCUGAUUAAUAGAGAAUAUCUUCCACUUUUCUAGGUAUCCUUUAGCUUUUUGUGGUGUUCUAUUUUCUAUGCUUUUUAUUUAUAACUCCUGAUGAGUGCUAUUCAUUGCUUUGAUGGAUGAAUGGAUGGAUGGUUGGAUUGGAUUGGUGGAUGGAUGGAUGAAUAGAUUAUAAGUAAUCUUCUCAGGUAUUAUCUACCAAUUACAUGCACAUGAUGUGUCUUUGUAAUGUGUAUCAGUGUAUUUAUUAUUUACCUUUUCAAUCCAGGGGAGUUGGUAAAUUCUACUGAGCUGAAAUUUGAGUGCUUUUUUUCUUUGAUCUCAUCAGAUAACAUUAUACACAAUGUAAUUCCAAUAAAAUACAAUCAUUGAUUUUACGAUUCGUGUCAUUUUGAUCUUGGUGUACAUGUAGGUAAAUACAAAAAAUUAAAAUAUGUAUUAUUUUCUUCAAAUUAUGGACUUUCACAUUUUUAUUUGACAAAUCCACCAUGGAUGAACAUAUACAGUGUACAGUAACGCUCAAGAUUCUGUUGCAUAAUAGUUUAUUCAAGUUGCUCCCAGGUUGUGAACCUGGACCAGGUACAGUGCUACAUUUUAAAAUUUGAAUAAAUUUAAAAUUUCACCAUUCUAAGAAAAUAUAUUCAGAGUUUCUGAUGUAUGCUCCCACUUUUGUUACAUAUGAUUAAAAAACAGUCAAUUCUUGCCUCCUUUUAUCAGUUAGUUUUCUAUGUGUAAACCCAUGGCAAAUAGGUAUAGAGAUUUUUCUUUCUGCUUUUAGACAGGCCUCUCAUGAUAUGGGACGAAAAAAGAGAGGCUGUUUUCAGAAGAUUCUUGAAAGUGAUCCAGACAAAUACAAAAAGAUUGAUUGGUAUUCAACAUGGCUCCUCAUUUGAUGAGUUAUUCAGCUUUGUUCUGCUUGAAAAUGAAGUGAAAAUUUAUUGAUACCAUUAAUGAAAACAUAAAGUUCAAAUUAAGAGUGAAAAAUAACUGUUCAUUCUAGUAAUUGUAAGGUUACUUGUAUUCUUUUGUAUUUUUUUAAAGGUCAAGUCCACCCUCGAAAAAUGUUGAUUUGAAUAAAUAGAGAAAAAUCAAACAAGCAAAAUACUGAAAAUUUCAUCAAUAAUUUGACAAUAAGGACCAACUUGACUGAACCGUAUAGUAUUAAAACAAUGCUUAUUCCACAUGUUCAGGAAGGUAUUAAUCUUUUUUUCACUUGACAAAGAGGAGAAAAUUAGAAUAUCUCAUAUGUAUUUUCAUAUGAUAAAAUACAAAAGAAAGUGAGUGGAUGAAAUCAUCAGUCUCCUCAUUUGCAUACCGACAAGGAUGUGCAUAUAUAUAACUGUUUUGUGAGAUUAAACAAAACCUUAAAAUGUCAUUACUUUCUUAUCUUACAUCCAAUUUUGAUGAAAUUAAUUGUUAUGCUUGUUGGAUUUUUCUCUUUUUAUUCAAAUCAACUUUUGGUUGGCAUGGACUUGUCCUUUCAGGAUAUGCAGUUCUAAACUCAAGUACACUGAACUUACAGAACAGAAAGUAGUCUUGAGUUGGAGAGUAUUUGAUAAUUUUUCCAGUGUCCUGUUAAUACAAUCAUAAUUCACCCAGAAUCCUUCUACAGUGCAUAUCAAAAAAAAGUUUACGCUUUGAAAAAGCCCUGGGAAUUAAAAAAUAUACAACAUGUGGGUAAUUUUUUCACAUAUAAUCUUAGGUUUGGGUCUCAUCUAUCCAAUGAAAGUAAAAGUUUUGACAGAAUGUUACACUUGAGUGAGCACUGUCCAUUUUUGUAAAGCUCGCAGAAAUCUGUUUGCGCAAAAAUGCUUGUUUUCACGCUGUGUCAAGGGGAAAGGGCAAAAACAAACUUACCUUCGAAACAUUUCUCAUACAUUUCCCUUGCACUUUAAGUCAAUUGAAAUAAAACGGAUUUUACAUUCAAGAAUUUUGUUAGGAUUUUGCCACCCAAAUUGAAAUUUCAACACUUAGUAAGCACAACCUUUACCCUUUUUGUGCCAGCUUGAUUUGAGGACAACUGAAUCUAAACAAAAGUUUAUAUCAGACAUCUCCAGCAUUUUUCACUAAGUUUUUAUCAUUUAAAGUGGGUUUACAUUUCAUUUUUCAUUUAAUACUUGUUUCUCCAGUCUCCACACUUCUUCCAAGCUUGACAAUGAUUAACAAAAUGAAAAUCAAGCCUAAGCCAUUUCAUGUAAAUCACAGCUCAGUGUAAAGCAAAUAGCGUCACGAUGGCCUCGGUGUGUGGGGCGUAAUGCACUCUUCAAAGUGUUUUGGGCAAGGAAACAAGUUUAAAAAGGUAAAAGAUAUCUUCAAAUCAAUUUUACUAGCUAAAUUCAACAUGUUCUUCAUGAUUAAGGUCUACUUUUAUUCCCAUAACUAUUUCAAAGUUUUGCGCAAAUCAUUUUUCACAAACUUUUCAAAAGUAAGUGGUGCUCACUCAAGCGGAAAUAUUUUUCGACAGUUAUAUCGUCAUUUGCUUAAAUGGAUCUGUACCAAUGUUAAAAUGUGGAAAAAUCUUCAGGAUAUUACAAAUGUAUAAUUUUACAGGAUUUUUUCUAAGUGUAAACUUUUUUUUGAUACGCACUGUAGAAUAAAUUAUGGUGUUCGUUGUGUGUAUUUCUAUAUUAAAUUGCAUUCGCAUGUGUAUUUUCUAAUCAUAAAUAAUCUUAUGUACACUGUAUUACCAUUGGAAAUAUAAAUCUACAUGUAGUAGAUAAUCAACCUGCAUGGUAUGCUAUAAGUUUAGGCUACAUUUAAUGAUUAUAAUAUAUUGUAGAUUUCUUUUUUUUAAUUUUCUUUUCAUUAUUUUGUUUAAAUUUACUUUGCGAAAAUAACGUCUAACUCAUUGUAAAACAAUUUUAAAAUUCCUUGUGAAAACAUUUUAAAUUUUCUUCAGAGUACAAAGAGACUGAUUUGAUAGUGGUACAGUAUAUUAAAGCAUUCUUUACUCUGCUCAAGGUAUGUUAACACAUUUAUGUUUUCUUGUCUUGUUUCAAUGCAGCUUGUUGAGUGUUAGUGGAUCAUAUAUUAAUUAGAUUAAUCUAUUUUGAUUGAUUGCAAUUUGCAUCACCAUGCUACUUGUUACCCAAUAUCAGGCCUCUUGUCUUUUCAAUGUACAUAGUACACCUGGUUAUCAAUUCAAUGUUUUUUGUAUGAUUCAUUUAAUUGAAUGUGCCUGAGUGUUUCCUUGCAUGCUGUGUUCUUACACUUCUCUGUAGGGGUUUCAUCCUCUAGUCUUAACUUAUUAAUGCAUCUAAUAUUCUGCCUAGGAACACAUAAUUUUGAUUAAUUUUAGAUAUGUAUACACUUGUGCAUGUAGGUUUACAUCACUAUUAUUGACCUCAAUACAUGUAUAGUUGAGUUCGUUUAACAGUUGUAGAUUAUUCUUUCUUGAUUGAGAACAUGUACAGCUGUACUCUGAAGUCUGAAUUAAGAAACUUGUGAACAAAAUUUGGAUCUGUUUUGAAAUAUAAUUUUAGUUAGAUUUUGACUUAGUAUUCAGAAAAUAACAUUGUAUCUCAAUAAUAUCACA